UCAACACUAAGGGAUUAAGCUGCCCUGUGCUCUCUGGUCAGGUUGACUGCUGCUGCUGGUUUUCUCUUAAUUCAAAGUCAAGUGUAGUUUUUCACGAGUCACAUCUCCGGUGAACAGGGCGUCUAAACACAAACUUCUGACCCCGAACAGAAGCUCAAUUUGUCGGAUACAAAAUCCCCAGGGGAGCCGGUGAAAUCCAGCGUGGAGCGGGGAGAUCAGCGUGUGUAUUUGUGCCAUGUUUUUCUAACGUUACACGGAUUAGUGGAUGAAGCCCUCACCUGCAGGUGAUUGUCCACUUUGAGUCAGGAUGAACGGAUAUGAUCCUCCAGCUCUCGCAUCGGGCAUCUUCAGCAACUACAGCACACAGAUCAAUGGCCAUGGCUCUCAGUCUCCUGAGCCCUCCAACCAUAAAGCCAAGUCUAGUGCCAAAGCUCUCUAUGAACAAAGAAGAAAUUUCACCAAAACCAGCAUCAACAGCCUGACGGACACGUCACAGUAUCAUGUGGAGCACCUGACCACGUUCGUGUUGGACCGUAAAGAUGGGAUGAUCACGGUGGACGAUGGAAUCCGUCGCCUCCGUCUGCUGGACGCUAAAGGGAAAGUUUGGACUCAGGAGAUGUUGCUGCAGGUGGAGGAGAAGACGGUCAGCCUCAUCGAUCAGGAGACAAAGAACGAGUUGGAGAAUUUCCCAAUUGGGACGAUUCAGCACUGUCAGGCCGUGAUGAACGCCUGCAGCUACGACUCCAUCCUGGCUCUGGUGUGUAAAGACUCGGGUCAGGCCAAACCAGACCUCCACCUGUUCCAGUGUGAUGACAUCAAGGCCAAUCUGAUCCAGGCUGACAUAGAAAGUGCCAUCACCGAUGCCAAAGGAGGCAAAGCGAAGAAACGACCUGAAGCACUCAAGAUGAUUCUAAAGAGCGACGGGGUCAUCCCCCCUCCUCCUGCCGCUCCCGCCCCUGAACCACCGAUGUCGUCCAAUCAGGUGGACGUGAGGAGUCGAGCAGCUGCCUGGUCAGCCUGGACCAAUGAGCAGCAAGACUAUGAGAAGCAGAGACAGUUGUCCCUAGAGGAUGGGCCAAGUGAGAUGACAGCAGCCAGAGUGGACCGAGAUGUGCAAAUCCUGAACCACAUCCUGGACGAUAUUGAGUUUUUCGUCACCAAACUUCAGAAAGCAGCCGAGGCGUUUACGGAGCUCAGCAAGAGGAAGAAGAACAAGAAGGGGAAGAAGAGAGGGCCGGGAGAGGGCGUCCUGACUCUGCGCUCCAAACCUCCCACUGAGGAAGAGUUUGUUGACUGUCUCCAGAAGUUUAAACACGCCUUCAACCAGCUGGGGAAACUGAAGGACCACAUCCAGAACCCGAGCGCAGUGGAUCUGCUUCACUUCCUGUUCACUCCUCUCAAGAUGGUGAUCCAGGCGUCGGGCAGCGUGGAUCUAGCUCGGAGCAUCUUGGUUCCUCUGCUCACCAGAGAGGCCAUCGACUUCCUGCACGGCGCGGGGACAGCCGAGGAGAGACACCUGUGGGUCGCCCUGGGAGACGGAUGGACCAAGUGCAGGUUGGAGUGGCCAAAGGAUCAUUACUUCCCCCCCUGUGUGCUGAGGUUUCGUGACGGCUGGGAGCCUCCGCUGCUCCCAACGGCCGGUCCGUCCAGAGAGGAGCUGAACCAUCUUGCAGAGAGUCUUGCCAACGCCGAGAUCCAGAGACACGAGGAGCUGAGGGCCCGACUGAACCAGGAGACGGUGGUGCAGACGUUCCCGCCUGCAGACGGGUAUGCCUUCAACUCAUCCAACAAACGCUUACACAUCCUGGAUCAGGACACCGCUGUGGCUGCUUUUAAACACGCCGUCAGCCGCCGCGUAGACCGGAGUUUUGACGCUGAAAGCAGUCAAAGAAGCCAACAAACUCUGUUUGCCAAAUCUAAAUAUGACUUUGUGGCGAGAAACAACACGGAGCUGUCGGUGCUCAAAGAUGAGGUGGUCGAGGUCGUCGAUGACAGGAAACAGUGGUGGAAGGUUCGUAACGGCUGCGGGGCGUCGGGCUACGUGCCAAACAACAUCCUGGAGAUCACCAAAGCCGUGGACAUCGCAGGAAGAGGAGAGCCAAUCUACAGCCACACCAUCCAGCAAUUACUGGGAGAAUUGAAUGAGAAGCAGACGUCCAGGACAGACCUCAUCCCCAAUAAACCUGCACCGACUCCAAUGCCUCCAGCUCCCACGCCGCCCCCUCCAGCCCCCGCAAGGCUCCCCACGCCACCUCUGCCUCCUCCGGCAGAGCCCCCAAAAAUGGCCGCCAGCAACAGUGCCGUCAGCCGGCAGAACAGCAGCACAUCCAGUGACAACGGCAGCAUCGCCAUGAGAGAGCACAACAACCAGAGGGCUGCAAAUGCCAACCGUAGGAAAUCCAACAUGGAGGAGGUUCAGGACGAGCUGAUGCACAGACUGACUCUAGGCCGCAGCGCUCAGAAGAAGUUUCAGGUUCCCUCUCGCAGCAACAGCAUGCCAGCCGUCAGCAUCACCUACGACUCCACACCAGACCACGUCAGGUCUUGGUUGGAGGCUAAAGGCUUCAGUCCAGUCACGAUCACCAGCCUGGGCGUCCUGACCGGAGCUCAGCUGUUUUCUCUCAACAAAGAGGAGCUGAGGACGGUGUGUCCCGAUGACGGAGCUCGGGUCUUCAGCCAGAUCACUGUCCAGAAGGCCGCACUGGAGAGGAGUUCAGGUUCUGAGCUCCAGGAGAUCAUGAGGAGGCGGCAGGAGAAACUGGCAGCCAGCACCUGUGACUCAGGGGUGGAGUCUUUUGAUGAAGGCAGCACCCACUGAGCUUCCUCCCUUCCUUCCUCCUUUACUUUCUUUUUUUUUUUCAAACUGCAGCCUGCUGUUUUUUCGCACUCUUCAUCCUCAGGCGGCGGCAACCUACGCCGAGUUUGUGGAGAUCAUGCGGCGCAGGCAGGAACUCCUCAGCUCGCCUCCCUAAGAAGACCGACCGACUUUGAACCGACUGAUGAACACAGAUUGAAAAUUCUGCCAUGUUUGCCUGAAGCUGAUGUGAACACUGUUGGGAAUCUAGAGAUGUUUUUGCUUCUCUACGGGAAGAGUUUUGUUGGUGUUUGUAAAAAGUGAAGAAGCUGCUCUGUGGCUCAGUUUCCAAAUCAGACCUCUCAGUAUUAAUGUUCGGAGAAGAGCUGGUGGGUCGUUAGCUCCUGUUUGUGCUUCUAAAGUUUCAUUACACGAAAGUCAUUGAGCUUACUGACAGUUUUUCUGAAGGAUGGCACAUUUUCUGUUAUUUCACCUUGAACAAAUAAUUAAUAUAUAUAUAUGUAUAAUAAAGGAAAAAAUUACAUGUUAUGUUUACCUGAAAAAAAUAUAUAAGAUGUGUACAAAAUAUCCUACACAGUAUCUUGUUUCUACAACAGAAUGAUUUAAAUGUAAGGAAUUAUCCAUACCAAUACAGAUAAUAUACAACCUAUCUUUUGCUGUCAGGGUAUUAUCUUGUGGGGAUAAGUUAUUAGAGAUAGUAUGAUUAGAUUAGAUUAGAUUAGAUUAGAUUAGAUUAGAUUAGAUUAAAGAACUUUAUUGAUCCCCUGUUGGGGAAAUUCAUAUGCCACAAGGGUCUGUUCACAGAAUCAACAAACAAUAAGAUAGUAGUCACAAAAACACGAAAAAUAAACAAAUAACACAGUCACACCAUUUGAGGCCUAAUUCACAGCUAUGGACAAAUGCUGCCCCCCCCCCCAGCAAAGCACAGCAUAGAAGAGGACACUAGCCGACCACUAGCCUUGCUCUGUUUUGAAAAGACUUUGCAAGAUAUUACACAAAGUAUCUUGUGCUAAGGAUAAAUACUUUCUUAUUCUUACUAAGUUUCUUGAAGCUUGAAGUUGGUGUAGAAAGUGUCUUGCACCCCAAACAUUGGGUUAUAUCUUGCGGACAAGAGAUAAUAUAUUGUUCCUAAAAAACUAUGUAUCCUGUUCAGACAAGAUAGUAUUUUCAAAAACAAGAUAUAAUCUAAUGUGGUCAUGUUAGGUUUUAGAUCAUUCUGCGCUAGCAAAAUAUCUUGGAAAAUUGGAACAAGUCUUACUUUAUAUCUUGUUUGGUCAAGAUACUUUUCAUGAGAAGGGAUUGACUACAGUGUACAAGUUGUAAUACACAGUAUCUUGCUCCUACAAGAUAUUUCUUUGAGAGUAUAAGUUAUAAGAGACAAUACCUUACUCCUUGAGAUAAUGUAUUUUACGCAAAAGAAAAUCUUGUUGUGUGAGAUGAAAGAAUUAGCAUCUGGUUCUUGUAGGUUGUAUCUUGCUCCCUGAUGAUUAUUUUCUUGCACAUGAUAACUGGUGCAGAAAAAAAAUCAAAUAUCCUCUAAUUAAUACUUUGAGCUAUUGCUGUAACAAGUAGUGUCUUGUUCUCAAGAUAUCUAAUGUGAACAAGAUACUUUUUGCAGCAAGUGCUUAUAACAUAUAAGUAUCUCUGAGUUUUCUUUGUUGUUUUAUUUUAUAACUUUGUUUAUUGGCUUUUUCACAAUUACAAUAAAAAAGCUAACAUUUCGUGUACAAAUGCACAAAUAGAGACAUAACACUGGACAGUCGACUUCCCCCCUAAACAAAAACAAAGAGAAAGUUAAAAUGAAAAAUAAAAUAAAAUGUAUAUAAGUCAAAUGAAGCAAUUAAACAACAAUAAUAAUAAUCAUAUAAUAACACAUACAAGUAUACACAUUUAUACUAUUUUGGUUGUUAUUAUGUCAAAAUGCAUCUCUGAGUUUUUUAAUCCUACUGUCUCAUUGUAUCUUGUGCAAUCAAUACUUUUCAGCAUUUGGGGACCACUCAGGGGUUUUUGAGGAAUAUUACACAUUGAUAUUUCAGAACACAGAUUUGAAACUCUGACUUGUUUGCAAUGAAACUAAACGUGAGGCACAAACUGCAGCUAGAAGCUGAUUAUUUGAUGGUAUGUAGAAGAAACAAAGGAAACUGAAUGUUGGCUUGAAUGUGUUGUUGAAUGAAGCACACUGAGACGGAUGAAUAUAACUGUACAGUUCAGAUUGUUGGCCAGGAGAAAUACAAUACUGAUAGUAAAUACUCUUUUUUAUGCUAUAGUUACACAAAAGUAGAAAUAACUUUACAUUAUUGAUAGAGCUGAUUGGCUGAAAGAGCAACAUACGUGAAGAUUCUUUUCUUGAAAUGCACAGUAACUUAUACUUAUGUCUAAUUUAUGUAUAUCAUGUGAUUUAGUGUUAGUUACACAGUAACAAACAAUUCUUAACAUGUUAUUAGAUCUGAUGAUCAGCAUUUUUGCACAACAAAUAAUGACAAUAUAAAUGUUUCUGUGCUGGAGACGAGUGAAGAAUCAAAGCUACAAAAUAAUCAGAGUUUGUUUGAUUUGAAAGACUGUUGGCUGAUGAAUUUUCUUUAAAGCAUUGAUUGUACCGACUUUUAUAGACAGAAGUCAAACUUUGUCCAAACACUGAAAUGAAUGUAGACUGCUGACUCACCAUCAACUUAAACAUGAUUUUAUUCAGGCUGCACAGCAACAGGUAGCCUCAUGUGUUUGAAUGAAA